GUCACGUCGUCAACAGAAAGGUUUGCUGCGCCAUGUGAGGGUCUCUGAGUCGCGUGCCAUCUGGCUAUAUUAUCUGCUCAUUUAGGGUGAUACAGUCGAAAGUAACUAAGAAUUUGAAGCAUACUGUAUAACAGUAUACUGUAAGGGCGCCUCGAGAGCAGCUGAUGGCUACACAAACUAAAUUCCUCUAAAACUGAAAGAUGAAUGAUGUAAAGGGGGGUUGUUUAGAUUAAUCAUGUGGCGAAGAUCUCUGAGCUCAGGCUACAGAUGCUUUGGCUGCAGGACUGUUGGACCAAAGUUGUCUUACAGAAUAUGGGUCUGGCAGUGGCAGCACAGUUUCAAAUUGUUUCUGGACAAAAGGGACUUUGGAGCUCUCAUGCAGUGCAUUCAGGCAGCGCUCCAGCCUUACCUGCAGGAGGUAUCACUGCACUUGAAGCGGUGAAUUUAUGGAAGAGACACUUUGCAGAGAGAGGUGUGACGGAGCCGGACCACUCUAGCCAUUACAUCAUUGCUCAUCUGUUUGGGGCAAAAACUCUAGAAAGUCUUGAUCAGAGGAGGUUAACAGAGUUUCUCAGUCCAGAAAAAACUGAGCAGAUGUGGAAGCUCUGCUCUAGACGCCUAUCCAGAAUGCCUGUGCAGUAUGUGAUUGAGGAGUGGGACUUCAGAGAUCUGACACUGAAGAUGAGACCUCCCGUGUUCAUACCAAGACCUGAAACCGAGGAGUUGGUUGAACUCAUGCUCACUGAUCUGGAGAUGAAGCUGGGGACUGGAGUCGGUGCAGACGCCCAGCAAACAUGCUUGGAAGUGGGAUGUGGCUCCGGUGCCAUUUCUCUUAGUCUGCUGACAAGUCUGCCUCAGCUCAAAGCCAUUGCCCUGGAUCAAAGCCAAGAUGCAGUGGAUUUAACUGGGGAGAAUGCGUUAAGGUUUGGGCUUCAGGACAGAUUACAGAUUCAUCAUAUAGAUGUAAUGAAAGAUGCAGAAACUCUGUUGAGCCUCUGUAGCGAUGUCUCAGCUUUGGUCAGUAACCCCCCAUACCUGUUCUCAGAGGAUAUGACGACGUUGGAACCUGAAAUAUUUCAAUUUGAAGACCAUGCUGCUUUAGAUGGAGGUAAAGAUGGCCUAAAAGUGAUCAAACAGAUUUUGACUCUGGCUCCACAGAUCCUAUCAAACCAUGGCCGUGUUUACUUGGAGGUGGACCCCAGACACCCCCUGCUCAUUCAGCACUGGGUGGAGGAAAAUGUGCAAGAGAUGCAUUAUGUGGAGACACGACACGACAUCAACGGCAGGCCACGGUUCUGCAUCCUUCGUAAAGAGAAGUCAAACAAGGAACACAAGCUGGAUUUGGAUUGAGAAGCUGAGAUCCUAUUACACUAGCUUUAGCCUAUGUCACCACAGCCUCAGCUCCCCUACCCCCACUGAGCCGCCCAGCACGCGUUCACAUUGAUUGGAUCACUCAAAAUUGAGAAUUUGUAGAAGCUCAAAUCAUUUUCAUGUUACUAUUGCACUUUUAAUCUGCUAAUGGUUGUGGUUGUGUUUUCACAAAAUAGCAAAUGUGUGCGAGAUGGCAAUAAAGCAGGCUCAAAGCUGAAGGUAAUUACCGAGACUUUUCUUAGAACCCUCCCUCUCAGAAUCUCACCCUCCUCCCAGGAAGCAUUCAGUAGUUCUGUGAAUCUGCUGAUGAACAGUCCUCCCCUUCGCUUGUUCACUCGCUGACUCAGAUGCAGGCUGUACGCAUUGUUGAGCAUAAAACAUGAACGCAGGCACACACACACACACACACACACACAAUGUGGCCUUUACUUCCUCUCACAAUCUUCGUCCCUCACACACUUAAAGCUCAAAGGCCACAAAUUAUUUGUGUUUCAAAGGUGAUUUGAAGUUGAAAAUAUUUCGUAACAACUGUACCCUGAGUAAUACUGGCAUUUUAAGAGAAAUUGAUUGAAAGGACAGCAAGUUAGUCUCUAAUUGGUUAUUUUAAUAGAAAAUGUACAUAUGUAAAAGGUAGAAAAAAUGUUUUACUGAGAAAAAUAAAAAGGCGCAAAAGAUGUCUCAAUGGAAUCAGCGUACUUCUUAGAAACAAUAUGUACAUCCAGAACUGAUGAGGUUAAAACAGACAUCGACAAUUUCCACAUCCUUCGGAAAAUAAGGGAUUACAGUACUGAGGGUUGCUCACAAGUCGUCUAUUUCUUCACCACCCAGUCCUCAAAAAAGUCUGAAACCAGGCACAUCAGAGUUAACUGAAUUUGUACAUUUUUCAUCAGCAUGCAACAGCAUGACCCUGUGCCCAGUAUACUCGUGACUGGCCUCCAACUGCUGGAGCAGCCAUGUCAUUUACAGGCACAAAGGACCUGUUUGACAGUUUUUUUUUUGACCCAUCAUACCUUGAAGGGAUAGUUCUGUAUGUAACGCAGCAGAGGCCUUGGGAGUGGUAGCUGGUCGGGGCAGUCAGAGUGCCUGUUAAUGACCAGGCGUGUGAGGUGCUGUAAGGAGGGGAGACCCUGGGGCUUGUACACAGGCCGCUUCAGUUUUAACACCACAGAUGUCUCCUGAAUUGUCUGCUGAGAGGGUUUAGAAGGGGUCUCCUCCACCACCUUACCCUCCUCUGCUUUCCUCUCUGGUCCCAUGUAGUGCUGCACCAAGCUGGGUACAUUGGGAAAGGACGACAGGCUGGGCCGGGCUGGGGAGCUUGAGUCCAGCAAAAACUGUGCGCCGCUGUACUGGAUCCGUAUACUGGUGGGGCCGCGUGCAGUCCUGACCGAGAGGGUCAGCAUGUACAGAGGGUGACUGCUG